UGCCAAGCGCCGGCCAACUCGUCGUACACGGGCGUCUGAACCUGCUCCGCGGUCAUCGCGGAACGGAGCAAACCUUUCUCGCUUUAGCGGAGCGGCGCCGGCGGGAGGAGGUCAAGUCCGCGCCGCUGCGGUACUCGGUUGGCACGGCACACCGAGAGGUGCCGCAUCCAAUCCCUCCCACCGAACCACGGUCCACGGCACGGAGCGGCGCCGUGACGGCAGCCCCCAAUCCCAUGCAGUAAUUCCGAGCCCAUCGCUGUCAUCCACCGAAACACUCCCGACUCCCCACCGCGGCGUCUCCCAAGGCCCUGUGCCCGUCGCUCACUCGUCCCCACGCUUCGCUCUCGCUCCACGCUGCGUGCCGCUAUUUAUACCAACACCACCGCUGCGCGCCGUACACACUCAGCUCCACCCAUGGCCACCGCCGCCACCGCCGACGCGGCCUCGCUCUCCGCGCUUCCGUUCCUUCUACUGUUGCUGCUUCUGCCGCCUCUCUCCGCCGCCUCCAAUGUGACGUACGACCACCGCUCCCUCAUCAUCUCCGGCCGCCGCCGCCUCCUCAUCUCCACCUCCAUCCACUACCCCCGGAGCGUCCCCGCGAUGUGGCCCAAGCUGGUGGCCGAGGCCAAGGACGGUGGCGCGGACUGCAUCGAGACCUACGUCUUCUGGAACGGCCAUGAGACCGCCCCAGGCCAGUACUUCUUCGAGGACCGGUUCGACCUGGUGCGGUUCGUUAGGGUCGUCAAGGACGCCGGGCUGUACUUGAUCCUGCGCAUCGGGCCGUUCGUCGCCGCCGAGUGGAAUUUCGGAGGCGUGCCAGUGUGGUUGCAUUACGUGCCAGGGACGGUUUUCCGGACGAACAAUGAGCCAUUCAAGAGCCAUAUGAAGAGCUUCACAACAUACAUCGUGGAUAUGAUGAAGAAAGAGCGGCUCUUUGCUUCACAGGGAGGGAACAUUAUCCUAGCUCAGAUAGAAAAUGAAUACGGAGAUAGCGAACAAGCAUAUGGAGCUGGCGGCAAGCCAUAUGCAAUGUGGGCGGCAAGUAUGGCUCUUGCUCAGAACACCGGUGUCCCUUGGAUCAUGUGCCAGCAGUAUGACGCUCCUGAUCCUGUGAUAAACACUUGCAAUUCAUUCUAUUGCGAUCAAUUCCAGCCAAAUUCGCCAACCAAGCCAAAAUUCUGGACUGAGAACUGGCCAGGAUGGUUCCAGACCUUUGGUGAAAGUAAUCCCCAUAGACCACCUGAAGAUGUGGCAUUUGCUGUUGCACGGUUUUUUGAGAAAGGUGGCAGUGUUCAGAAUUACUAUGUGUACCAUGGUGGAACAAACUUUGGUCGCACUACUGGCGGGCCAUUCAUUACAACUAGCUAUGAUUAUGAUGCACCGAUUGAUGAAUAUGGCCUUAGGAGACUUCCAAAGUGGGCGCAUCUGAAGGAGCUUCACAAAUCUAUAAAAUGGUGUGAGCAUACUCUGCUUUAUGGCAACACAACGUUUCUUUCCCUGGGGCCUAAACAAGAGGCUGAUGUUUACACUGAUCAGUCUGGAGGAUGUGUUGCAUUCCUGGCAAAUGUUGAUUCAGACAAGGACAAAGUUGUCACUUUCCGUAACAGGCAAUAUGAUCUUCCUGCUUGGUCAGUUAGUAUCCUACCUGACUGCAAGAAUGUGGUGUUCAACACUGCAAAGGUGCAAUCUCAAACUUUGAUGGUGGACAUGGUUCCAGAAAGUUUGCAAGCAUCAAAACCUGAUCGGUGGAGCAUUUUCAGAGAGAAAAUUGGGGUUUGGGGUAAAAAUGACUUUGUCCGAAAUGGAUUUGUGGACCAUAUUAAUACAACAAAGGACUCUACUGACUACCUAUGGUAUACAACAAGUUUUAGUGUGGAUGGAAGUUACCCCUCAAAAGGGAGCCAUGCCGUUCUUAAUAUUGACUCCAAAGGCCAUGGUGUCCAUGCUUUCCUGAAUAAUGAGUUUAUAGGCAGUGCAUAUGGUAAUGGCUCAAAAUCAAGUUUCACUGUGGAAUUGGCUAUCAACUUGAGGACUGGAAAAAAUGAACUUGCCCUACUGAGUAUGACUGUUGGUUUACAAAAUGCAGGACCCUUUUAUGAAUGGGUAGGAGCAGGCCUUACAAGUGUGAACAUCUCUGGUUUGAAAAAGGGAACCGUAGACUUGUCUUCAAACAAUUGGUUGUACAAGAUUGGAUUGGAAGGGGAGUAUUAUAGUUUGUUCAAGCCUGACCAGGGAAGUAACCAACUGUGGAUACCACAACCUGAGCCGCCAAAAAAUCAACCUUUGACAUGGUACAAGGUAAAUGUUGAUGUUCCACAAGGAGAUGACCCAGUUGGGAUAGACAUGCAGUUUAUGGGGAAGGGCCUGGCUUGGUUGAAUGGAAAUGCCAUUGGGAGGUAUUGGCCCAGGACUAGUUCUACUGAUGACAGGUGCACUCCCAGUUGCGACUACAGAGGACAAUUUUCUCCAAACAAGUGCAGGACAGGUUGUGGACAGCCAACCCAAAGAUGGUACCAUGUCCCACGGUCAUGGUUCCAUCCCUCAGGAAACAACACCCUUGUGGUUUUUGAGGAGAAGGGUGGGGAUCCCACGAAGAUCACAUUCUCAAGAAGAGUUGUGACAAGCGUGUGCUCCUUUGUGUCAGAGCACUUUCCUUACAUAGACUUGGAGUCCUGGGAUAAAAGCACCACAAACAAUGGCACAGCCGCAGCCAAAGUACAGCUGUCUUGCCCCAAUGGUAAAAAUAUAUCUUCAGUAAAGUUUGCGAGCUUUGGAAACCCCAGUGGAACCUGUAGAUCAUAUCAACAAGGAAGCUGCCAUCACCCAAACUCUUUAUCUAUUGUUGAGAAGGCCUGUCUGAACAUCAAUAGCUGUACAGUCUCCCUGUCAGAUGAGGGCUUCGGAAAGGAUAUUUGCCCCGGAGUCACCAAAACACUUGCCAUUGAAGCGGACUGUUCUUAUUGAGUAAUUAUCUUGGCUACGGGUGCCACCUCUACAAAUGUGCUGCUGAAAGUUUCGAACUUGUAGUGCUUGUUACACAGUAACAUACUACGAGGAUGUGAAAAAAUUACCUAGAUUUAGAUUUGGUCUUCUGAGGGUGACACGUUUUUUUUGUUGGAAGUUCUUGCUCGACAAUGACCUAACACUCUUGGCAGGUGACAAUUAAGGACACCGCUAGUUAUCAUCUGCUCCAGCAAAUCUAUUGCGUAUCAGACCCACUUUGAACUGUACGAUUAAGAACCAUGAACAAACUGACAUGAAAUCCGGUGUGCAUGAAACUAUUCAGAACUGGUACGCCCUCUGUUUUGGAUAUCAGAUCGCACUAAGUAGAGCCCAUCCAUUGUUCUCCAUUUCUGUUGUGUCGCGUCAUGAAACUUUCUGGAUUAGCAAAUGAUUCAACGCUAUGCAUGAA